CAGCUGUUUUGUUUUGGUCCUCCUCCUGUCCAAGCUUAGCUCACGUCAGGGGCUCCUCAUCUGUUUGUGUUCUGCGGUCAGACUUUCCGGUGGCAGCUAAACGAAAUGAAGAAGUUUUUCGAUGACAUUAAGAAAGACAUCAAGUUUAAAUCUGCGGGACCUGGAAAGAAACUAACUGAAGAUGCCAGCCGUAACAAGCCCGAGGUGGUGCAGAGCAGCUCCACUGCCAAGAAGAAUCGCCACGCUCCCACCGAAGGAGCGCAGAUGGCUGGAGCUGCAGCCCUGGCCCGGAUUGAGCAGCAUCAGCGGCCGAAGGUCCACACCUCUCAGGACGCCAUCAGGAACCAGGUUAAAAGAGAACUGGAGGCAGAGGCGGCUGCACUGGCUGAAAAAGAAAAGGCAGCUGCAGCAGAGGGAUCCAAAGUGCCAGUGAAAGAUCCCGCCUGCCUCUCAGUGUCAGGUGUGUAUUUCACCUGUCCGCUAACUGGAGCCACUUUAACUAAGAGUGAGAGGGAAGUACACAUUAAAGAGGCCAUUUUAAUGCGGUUUGAGGAGGAUGCAGUUGAGGCGUCUGUUAUGAUGGUCCACACAUUUAACAAAGACAGAGAGAAAGUGAAGGUUGCUGUGGACAUCAUGAGCAAGUAUGUUGACAAUAUAUGUAAGAAUCCCACAGAGGAGAAAUACAGGAGGAUUAAACUCAGCAACAAGGUGUUCCAGGAGAAAGUUCGUUGUGUGGAGGGCAGCAGAGAGUUCCUGCAGGCCUUGGGCUUCAUUAGCGUUACGUUUCCUGUAGAAGGUCAAGAGGAGGAAGAGGAGUUCCUGGUGUUACCGGAGCAAAGUCCCGAUGACCUGGAGUUGAUGAAGGAGCGGAGGGAUCGUCUCCAGAGAGGAGAGCCAGUCCGAGCUCAGCUGGACAGGCAGCCUCAGGCGUUCAGACCUUCUCCCAACGCCCAACGCUUUGAGCUGCCGCCGGAGUUCUACAACCUGACAGCGGAGGAGCUCAAGAAGGAGCAACAGCAGAGGAGUGAGAUGGUGGAGAAGAACGCCAUGCUGCGCACUAAGGCCAUGAGGGAGAAAGAGGAGCAGAGGGAGAGAAGGAAAUACAACUACACCCUGCUCAGGAUCAGACUGCCCGAUGGAAACCUGCUACAAGGAACUUUUUAUGCGUGGGACCGGCUGCCUGUGCUGUUCGGGUUUGUACGGGAGUCCUUGGUGGAUGGGUGGCAGCCCUUUGAGCUCAUUGCACCUGGAAGUCAGAAACUACAAGAGUCUGAAGAAGUUGCUCUUGCAGAGUGUAACUUGGUCCCUGCAGCUCUGCUCACAUUUGCCUGGGAUGCAGCUGUGCAGGCAGAUAUUGCAGCUGCAGGUGGAAAGAGCCCCUCCCUCCUCAAACCAGAGCUGCUGGAUACCAUUCGGACCCUGAGCUGAGCGGACACUCUGAACUCCCCCUGCUACCUCCCCUCCUCUGUAGUGCUACCGGGUUGGAAUUGCCCCUUUUACAGAUGACUAGCGAUAAGUUUAUUUUAUAAUGUCAGUCAGUAGCAGUGACAGAUAAGGGGCAACUUCACCCUAAUGCGCUUGUUUUGCUGAGCACACCCUUCUCUCUAAACGUGGGGAUAAUGUCACACUACAGACGAUCUCAGCAGCAUAUUGUGUUGAGGGAAGUGUUACUAACAAACAUAAGGAAGGAAGCAAGAGACAAGUAUUGUUUAUUUAUUGUUUUUGUUGCAUCCUGAAUGUACAUGCUGUGCAGUGAACAGACUGUGGCAUCAGUCCCCUGUGCUCUGCAACCAACAGUCAGGUAUAAGUCACGUGGCAUGUCGAGAGACCUCGUUUUAACUGUGUCAACACUUCCUCACCCUUUUUUGAAGUAAACGGUCCAUUUACCAGAUUAACAGUGUACACAUUUGGCUGUACAGGCAUGUAGAAGAAAAUAGUGAAGCCGUGUAACUCCGAUCAGAUACUGUUGUAUUGGAUAUCUCAGCACCUAGCUUCUAUAAUUUUAAAAGCGGCAGGGUGUCUGUGCACUGACUUGAAAUGCAGUUAGCUUUUGUUUGGUUCAGUGUUUUGGUGGUUGUCCGGUCUGAUUUGGUGUGAUGAGUCUAGCCUGCCGUGUGUCCCGGCACUCCGUGGAGUUGUACAACAAACUUCUCUGGUUGCUUCGAUAAUUACAUUUUUUUCACCCCUCUCUUUCUGGUUAAUUUCACUGAAGAUUGACACGUGCUGAUGAUGUGAUGGAGAUUCUAAUACCAAAAUAUUUUCUUAUUUUACCAGUUUUAAGCACAUUUUGAGGAUUAUUUAAAACUUUUAUAAAACACUUUCAGUAGAAAGUGGGCUCUAAAUGUAAAAUGGUAAAAAAAAAAACAACUCAAACAUUGUUUUGUUCACACUACUCAAGUGAUAAAUAGUUUAAUUGUAGAGGCUCACUGCAAAUGCUUCAUGUUGUUCUGGCAUGCAGGCAGGCAUGAAUUCGUUUUAAUAAUGGUCGUUAAAAUAAAUUUUGAGUCUUGUAUUUGUCUGUAUCAAUUACAUUUCCUGGAGAUAAAAAGGGUCUAUUUCAGACAUGGUGGGAGGAUAUGAAAAGGCAAUUCAUAGCACCUUCCAGCCCCCUAAAUCCAGCUGGGAAACAAGACUGAAGCUUUAAAUGUACCGACAUUGUGUUAAAUGUCUUAGGUCCGCCCUUUCCAUUGAAAGUUAAUACAUUUAUUUUGGUAGUGGUUUCAGCUGUACAUGAACCUAAGCCAGGUAAAUCUGUAAAAAGCUAAUUAUAGGAUCCCCUGCUUGUGGUUGGUCAAGUUGACAACAACCUACCUACCUCUCACUGCUAAAAAUUUCCAGGUGAGUUGUACACACGAGGAACAAAAAUAGAUAUCUUAAAAGGUUGUUGUUUUUUUCAAUAUACAUCAUUGUCUCCACUUAAUAGAUGCACACCAAAAAUAAAACAUAUUGUAACUGCUGGGUUGUCAUUUGAGGUAAGGCCAAGUCAGCUGUAAGCAACAUUUCUGCACUCCUCUGCUGUCUCAUUCAGCCUGUCCACAAGUAUUUACUGGGAGUAUGUAAAUGUUUUAGCAGCAUUGUAACCUUAUUAAAAGAAUCCGUGAGCAGUUGUGAUCUGUCCAGACCUUCUGAGUUGUGUUCUGUAAUUUAUAACCUGCCUGUAAUAAAAAUCGCUUGCGCUGCAUCUUAA